AUGCACACACCAGCCCCAGGCAGCUCCAUGCAGACACCACACCCAGGCAGCCCCAUGCAGUCAUCACACCCAGGCAGCCCCAUGCAGACACCACACCCAGGCAGCCCCAUGCAGACACCACACCCAGGCAGCCCCAUGCAGACACCACCCCCAGGCAGCCCCAUUAAGUCACCACCUCCAGGCAGCCCCAUGCAGUCACCACCCACAGGCAGCCCUAUGCAGACACCACCCACGGGCAGCUCCAUGCACACACCAACCCCAGUCAGCUCCAUGCAGACACCACACCCAGGCAGCCCCAUGCAGACACCACACCCAGGCAGCCCCAUGCAGACACCACACCCAGGCAGCCCAAUGCAGACACCACCCCCAGGCAGCCCCAUGCAGACACCACACCCAGGCAGCCCCAUUCAGUCACCACCUCCAGGCAGCCCCAUGCAGUCACCACCCACAGGCAGCUCCAUGCAGACACCACCCACGGGCAGCCUCAUGCAGACACCACCCACGGGCAGCCCCAUGCAAUCACCACACCCAGGCAGCUCCAUGCAGUCACCACACCCAGGCAGCUCCAUGCAGACACCACCCACAGGCAGCCCCAUGCAGUCACCACCCACAGGUAGCCCCAUGCAGUCACCACCCACAGGCAGCUCCAUGCAGACACCACCCACAGGCAGCCCCAUGCAGUCACCACACCCAGGCAGCCCCAUGCAGACACCAGCACACCAGCCCCAGGCAGCCCCAUGCUGUCACCAGCCCCAGGCAGCUUCAUGCUGUCACCAGCCCCAUGCAGACAGCACGCCCAAGCAGCCCCAUGCAGACACCACCCCCAGGCAGCCCCAUGCAGACACCAGCCCCAGACAGCCCCAUGCAGUCACCACACCCAUGCAGACACCAGCCCCAGGCAGCCCCAUGCAAUCACCACCCCCAGGCAGCCCCAUGCAGACACCAGCCCCAGGCAGCCCCAUGCAGUCACCAUACCCAGGCAGCCCCAUGCUGUUACUAGAGAUGAGCGCCUGA